UGCCAUGCCCACUACUUUCCCGGCCACCACUGUCACCCCCACCACUGUUAUGCCAACUACCAUUACAUCCACAACUGUUGCCACGUCCACCGUCCCUUUGACAACUUUAAAUCCUCCUCCAAAAACAUCUCAUCUUACUGUUGUGAGACUGAAGAUCUCGACUAAACUGUCACUGAAAGAUGAUCAGGACAAAAUUGUAAAAGCGCUCAAAAAAGAACUGAUUAAACAAGGGCUGCCACCUGAUAUAAAAAUACGCCUGCUGAGCAAUGGUUCACUUGAAGUUAGUAAAACUGCUGACCACUAGUGACUGAUUGUGAGAUAAUUUUGAUCCCUGCAGGAAAACAUCAAUGUUAUUUGUUUUUUAUUUUUAUUUUGUUACACUU